CUGCUCGCCGCUCCCACAGGGCAGGUAAGUGGUGCGUCAUUGCGCUUACGUGCAGAUGUGACGUUAUCUCGCGUGAUGAGACUUGCGGCGUUGGGAUUUUCUGAAAGACAGGAGGAGGAAGCUUGCAGUUAACAUCUUUGCGGAAGGUGUUUAGUGCCCCUGUUAUUCUGGAUCUCCCUUUAAACUGACUGUGAACUGGUUGCAGAAAGUAGAAGCCUGAGAGGGGCUUACAACCAUUGACUUCUGUAGACACUGCCAAACUGCAUCUCCCAUCUUACAUCUGCCCAUCCACGAUGUAGAGACCUGCUCCGACAGCCUAUCCACGAUGUGGAGACUCGAUCUGACAGCCCAACCUCGCUAUGGAGACCCCGUGCUCUGACAGCCCAACCACGGUGUAGAGACCCCAUGUACCAACAGCCCAACCACGCUGUGGAGACCCCGUGCACCAACAGCCCAACCACGCUGUGGAGACCCCGUGCACCAACAGCCCAACCACGCUGUGGAGACCCCGUGCACCAACAGCCCAACCACGCUGUGGAGACCCCGUGCACCAACAGCCCAACCACACUGUGGAACCCCACGUUCCGGCAGCCCUUCCAUGCUGUGGAGCUCCGGUAGCCUUUCCACGCCUGUCCAAAUAAAUACUUUGUACAGCAAGAGCAAGUGGAACGCAGGCGCCUGUCUCUGUGAUCAGAAGUUAGUUUCUUCCUCAGAGUAUAGUCAAAGAUGUCUCAUCCAUCAUGGCUUCCACCUAAAAGCGCUGGAGACAGUGCUGGACAUGUGACUGCAAGAAUGGAGACCACUCAGGGAUUUGGUGCUCCAAGUAUUUCUGUGUCAACUCAACAGCAACCUAAGAAGUUUGCACCAGUUGUUGCUCCAAAACCGAAAUAUAAUCCAUACAGAGGUGGACAGUCAGAAGGAAGUGAUGGGGAUUUUCCUCCACCACCUCCACCUCCACCUGAGGAUAAUCUUCAGCCUGUACCUACAUUUGGUAACCUCCCUCCUCCGCCAGGUCUUGACGAAGCAAUGUUUAAUGUUCAGAUAAACACUGGAGGGAAGACGAUAGAGGAACGGCGUUCAAGUUUAGAUGCUGAGAUUGAUUCUUUAACUAGUAUUCUUGCUGACUUGGAAAACAGUUCACCAUACAAGCCACGUACCCCACAGGGCCCAGGCAGCAAUACCGGUACAUUGACUCAUCCAUCAGCUGGGACUCCAGUGACUGGCCAUAAAAGAAUGAUUAUCCCAAACCAGCCCCCACUUACUGCAACAAAAAAGUCUGCAGCCAAACCUCAGCCACAGUCUACUACCCAGCCUGCCCCAGCAGGGUCUCCAGGAGCACAGAGGCCACAGCCUGUGCCAGCAUCUUAUGCAACCGCCUCUACUCCUAGUCGGCCUACUUUCAAUGUACAGGUGAAAUCUGCACAGCCAAGCCCUCACUUUGUGCCUCCUGGCCCUCACUUUGUGCCUCCUGGCCCUCACUUUGUGCCUUCUGGCCCACAGCUGGGCCAGAAUUACAGUCCUGCUCCUAAUCAGUACUAUGCACCUCAACCAACCCGCUCGCCUGGGCCAAUGCAAUAUGCACCUCAGCCACGUGGGCAGGAAUAUAUGCCUCCUCAGCCUGUACGCUAUAUAGAGCCUGGAUAUGGCUAUUCACAGGGUAACCAGGUGAAAUAUCAAGACCCAUACUAUCAGUCUCAACCAGGUUACGGAGGAAGGAAUGGGUCUGAGGUUCCCUAUACCCAGCAAGGAGGAUGGAAACCAGAGCCUGCUUACAGUCCUAUACCUGCAGUAGGCCAACAACCUGCAGUAGGCCAACAACCUGCAGGAUCUUAUCAGCCUCAAAACACUAAGAAGACCUACAUUACUGAUCCACCCUACAUUCCACCUCCACCACCCCAGCCAAAGGCAGCAUAUCCAGCCCAAAGCUCUUCUCUAAGGCCUGAGGAUGAACUGGAGCGCCUCACUAAAAAGAUGCUGUUUGAUAUGGAGAACCCUCCUUCUGAGGAAUACUUUGGACGCUGCUCUCGCUGUGGUGAGAAUGUGGUGGGUGAAGGCACUGGGUGCACAGCAAUGGACCAAGUGUUCCACGUAGAGUGUUUUACCUGCAUGACCUGCAAUAGUAAGCUGCGCGGACAACCAUUUUACGCUGUGGAGAAGAAGGCCUUUUGUGAGCCCUGCUACAUACGUACCCUCGAGAAGUGCAACGUUUGUGCUAAGCCAAUCAUGGAGAGGAUCUUGAGAGCCACGGGAAAGGCCUAUCACCCUCACUGCUUCACCUGCGUAGUGUGUUUCCGUAGCCUGGAUGGAGUUCCUUUCACUGUCGAUGCUUCUGGACAGAUUCAUUGCAUUGAGGAUUUCCAUAAGAAAUUUGCUCCAAGGUGUUCUGUGUGUAAGGAACCCAUAAUGCCUGCUCCUGGCCAGGAGGAGACCGUACGUAUUGUAGCUUUGGACCGUGACUUCCACGUGCAGUGUUACCGCUGUGAGGACUGUGGAAGUCUCCUGUCUGAAGGGGAGAAUCAAGGCUGCUACCCCCUGGAUGGGCACAUCUUAUGCAAGGCCUGCAAUGCUGUUCGUAUUCAGGCUUUAACUGCCAAGUCAAGCACCGACUUGUGAAUGAGACGCACCUCAACUUGAAUGUAUAGAGAAGCAUUGAGGAUGUUCCUAUCUACCCCCAUGGUCUUCUGCCUUCCAUGGCCAAAUUGUUGUAGGCAGAUAUAUCCAGCUAUUGUAAACCUCUCUUCUCAACAGUAUAUUAAAAGCCAUGUUUUCUAGUUAUUUGACACAACCUUCAUUUAAAGCACUAAAGGUUAUAAUGCAUCUCAUUUUAACCUCUUUCAGUCCAAGUGGAAAGUACAACUCAGUAUAUGAAACAAUCACCUCUGGCUGUGAAUGUGAUAAUGUCCUUGUUCUGCCUUAACUUUCAUGGACAGACUAUACUUCCCAUCCCAUCAUAUAGCCUUGAAACUAAUAAUGCUGCUUCUGUGUUUUCUCACAAAAUACCAGCACUGCAUUUCUUAUGGUCACCCUCUUGUUUUUUACCACCUAGAGAAAUGCUUACUCCUGAUUUACUGUCUCAUGGGUAUAGGGAUAAUAUAGUACCACGCACACAUGUUAAGAGUAAUGGGCUGGAGCUGUUAUGUAGAACUAAAUGACAUCAACGAAUUCUAUAUCAGAGAUGACUGGAUGUAUUUACUGAGUUUUACUUCUAACUUUUUUUAGUUGCCUUUCAUAGCUUAGCUCCUAGCUCCUAAUAUAUUACACUCUGGCUGUAAGUGCUACCAUCUUUUUUUAUGUGAUUUGAUGUUCUUAACUGUGCUUUAUCAGUGGUAUGUGGUUAUGAUUAUGCAAACAGACACUCACCUGACCACUGCUACACAGAACAUGCAGAGUAGCAUUUGUAAUGCUUCAUAAAAUUGUGCUUCUUUAUGGUCCAGAAAUAUGCAGAAAUAACAGUGUGCCUUAAAAUGACAGUCAUGGAGUUACAGUCUCUGGACUGUGUUGCAAACAGAUACAUAAUAAUGCCAGGUAACCCUAGUAGGGCCUUUCAUGACUCAUAUUCACUAUACGGGCACAGUGUUGAACAUUAAUAUUCCACCAUUAUAUGUAUAUACUUUUGGUACCUGUUAAGGGCUUAAUAUAUUGGUGGAUUUAAUGUUCCUACACUGAAAUGGCAGAGGACUGUUUUUGAUAGAAACGAUAGCUGUCUACCAGGAAGUCAUUCUGCAACUUUCUCUUUCUGAAAACUCUAAAAAACAAAAAGUCCACAAAUCCAAAUAAACUGUGCUCAGCAGCCACCUGUAUCCACUCAUGCAGUUUUGUUGUCGUCGGGAAAUUGACAGAUUAUUAUUAUAGGCAGCAAUAGAAUGUUUUAGAAAGAUGAACUACAGCUCAAAGAGCACGGCAUGUAACAAUAUAUUAAAGAACUAAUAUAUUUUUUGUACACGGUUUCAUUGUUAGAAUAAAAAAAAAAAGUGCUAAAUGUGCCAAUAUAUAUUCCUCUUUUAUGCAUAAUUUAUAUGUAGUAGUUUUUUUCUGCUUAGACUCAAUUUAGAGCAGACUAGUAGAGUAUACUAUCCAGUGCCACUCCAGUUGCCUGUGACAAUUCAUUGUUCCUAUAGUAGUAUACGGGUCAUGUUAAAUCAUUGUGUACAGACGUUUUUUUGGCUUAGCCAACACACAGGGUUUACGGGGAAAGUGUUUCCUCAAUAUGGCUUGACCGUAUUCAAAUCUGUACGUCUGUGUUGAUUGUGACUGCUGGGUUUUUCCAAUGCAGCUGUGUCCUUGAAAGCAUGGCCUUGUAUCUGGAAGCAGAUGGUCAUGUUCUGAACAUUCUGUGCCCACCUGAAAAGGAACCAAAGCUCCCUGGAUGUUUAUUAUUUGGUCAACCGAUGGCUAAAAAUAUAGCUAUAUAUUCUUAGAGGAUGAAAGGAUUUCUGUGGAAUUUAUUGGAAUUAUUGCAGCUUUUUUUAGCUAUGUUGGUCUGUAUGCCACAAAGCUUAUGGAGCAUCAUCUAACUUUACAGAAACCCACACACACUUUUAUAUAUACUCAUAUCUAUGCACACUAAAAAGCCAAAUUCAUAUUCAACAUUAGAACGCAUCCUGUUAUGGGAAGUCAUUCUUAUUUACUGUGACUGUUGAUAUGUAGACUUUAUGCUUUAUUGUUGCUAUGGGGGGGAUUUUAUUUCCUUUAUAUUGGAGUAUUAAGUGUAGAACAGAAAGAUGAACCAAAAAACCAGCUCUGUUUGGUACAAUUGUGGUAUAAUGGUACAGGCACAAUCACGCAGCUUGCAGGGCUUUUGACUGAGCUGCUGGAGUUGGGAAUCUCUGGGCAACACUAAGGGUUUGUGUUGAAGGAAGUCAUUUAGCUACACUGAGUUGCUUACAGGGACAUUAGCAGCUGGGACUGCACAAAUUUUAUUAAUAUUAAUAAUGACCCUGGGGCUCCUUGUCCUGCAGCCCAACAGUUCGGAACUAUUAACUAAUAACUUUAUCACAUGGAUAUACUAUAAUGGCCAGGGAUGGGGCAAAGAAAUUGGCCAGCAUUACAACUUCUAAAUUCUGUUAAAAAUGUGAACAUUUUGCCCUUACCUUUCCAUUUCCUCAAAUCUAUGGAUAUGCAAAAUGCUUCAGCUGCCAGAGUAUAUACGGAUAAUAUGUUACUUGGCCUUACUGUCUAGAAAAACUUCUCCCGUAACAUAGAGCUUAUUUACAGCAGUCAGAGUUGUUAUUUUUGCACAAAUGCUGUAACACUAAACUGUGACCCUUAUAAGCCAAUAGUUCCAAUGUGUUGCCUAUUUGCACUCAACCUGGCAGUGUAACUUAUUCAGCAAUAACAAAUAGCCAUUAGCCACCCGUCUUGGGUAUGUAUUUAUUAAAAGGGUUUAACGACAUGGUACAACUCACUGCCACCCUUUUAUUACCCAACUGUCAAUCCCCCCAUAAAUCAUUUGUUAAAUACACCUUUAAAUUCACAAAUACUGUUGUAACGGUUGUUAUUGCCUUAGAAUUGUUUGAUCCGUGUUAGAGUUUUAUAAUGGAUUGUAUAUAGCUGUGUCACUGUCCCAACCUGCCUCGGCUAAAAAGCAAGGACAGUGGAAUUGUCCAGUGUGCAUGUGGCCAUCAUUAAAGUGCUUGUGAAAGUAAUGCUCAGUUCCGCACUGUACUAGAAUCUUCUUUCAGGUAGAGCAACACAGCACAUCGUACAGGGUUAGUUCCCCUUUAACUAGACUGUGAGUAGGUUUUGUACAGCACUGUAGGCUGAGGAGCCUGAGCUCAUUCAGAUAUUCGCCAUACAAAGGAAAAAUCAAAGAUAUCCGAAACAAAAUGUUAUGUAAUCUGCGUGUUAAUCAUCCAAAUGAGAAUUGGGCCUUUGCACAGGAUCCAGGCUGCACAUGUGAAGUUCUUCUCAUAGACACUAAGUGGCAUCUUUAUUAAAACGCUGAGCACAAUGUGCUGGGAAUAAUGCAUUUAAUUGCUUUCGGUUGUGUAUGAAAUGAUAUGCUAAUCAAUGAAACCGCAUUUGUGUCAAAAUUACAAUCAGUUCUCUCUGUACUGUUCUAAUCUGAUUUUAUACUCUAAGAAUCUUUUUUUUUUUUUUUAUCUAGAAUUGUUUUUUCUGAUAAACAAUAUGCACAAUGCUUCACAUUAAAUUUUCUAUUUGCAUUAA